AUGAGCGGUGACCUCCCAGUUCUCUCCGGGGAGGACACGGCGAAGUGCACGGUGCUGGAGGCCGCAGGUGACGGUAAUUGCUCACUUCACAGUAUCUACAGGCUGCUGCACCCCGAGCGAGAUAGCGUCGGGGGUGCAACACCAGAGGAGAUAAGAGAGACUCGCCAAGAAAUGGUGGAUGAAAUGCCAGCAGUUGCUUUCUCUGAGGACUACGGUCAGUUACUGGUCAACACGGUGUCCGAGGAAGAAAUGCUAAGAUUGUCCAGUCUCAACUUCGACAAGGGUUUCUACCGAAAGUGCACCUCCUCAUCCGGUCGAGCUACAAGACGCAAACCAAUGAUGACUGUGCGAGAGGUGGUAGAGGACAUCCACAAAAAACUGGGGUACGGUGAGACCACGGGCUGUUUCGUUGGCAAUCUUUUCGGGAAGGAUUUUCUGCACCUGGUGUACAAUGACUGCGGGGGCUACGGUGCAGAUAGUUUUGCUGAGGGUGCGGUUACAGUGCGCAACCCGAGCAGCAGCAACGUGGCGGAAACAAAGCUGAACCACUUCAGCGCUAUCGUGAUCCCACAAGAACUCGUGCCGUGGGCAUUGCCGUACAUGCUCGCACGGGGUUCCUCCGGCGAGUCUGGUAUUGGGCAUAGGAAGGCUGCAGACGAUUAUUGCCCGUGUGCAACCACAUCGGACAAGCGAUCGACGAAACACAGGGGCUCUCCCAUUGCUCUCGACACUGAUGAUGAUGACGAAACCGAAACAAACAGUAGCGUGCGAUCUCCCCGUUCUGCUGGAGGUGCCCCGUCAGUCACAACCGCACCCACCGGCGUAUCAAAGCCGGAGACGCCGCCGGGGAAAGCGGCGAUCAAGCCCGCCACACUUCCUUCUGCCAGCAGCAUGGGUGAAAACGGCGGUGAUAACGAAACGGAAUACGUACAGGACCCUGAGGGGGACGAGGACAUGAGUGACGGGGGUAGCGACGGCGAGUUUCCGGGGGGCUUGGCAAACUAUGACGAGCCGUCCGUGACUAUCAAAAGCCCUCAGCAGAUCAACGCUAUGGUGGACAAGAUACCGGAGGGCUGGGGAAAGCCGGCCCUGAGGUUCGUCUUCGAGUUGGUGCAACACACACAUGACUUCCGAAACGGCCGCAAGAAAAAGAACAUGACCAAGUCGAAGGUUCACAAGGAUGCUCCUGAGGGGUGUGGUGAGGACGAGAAGGGCGAGGAGGAGCUAGAUACCGCAGACGAGCACGUCUGGACAACACGCGGCAUGCAAGAUGCAGAUCGUACGGCUGGAUACGACGGCGGCCGAUGCAGCGGUAUAAGGAUGCCCGUGGUGGAGAUGGCGGUGGAGACUGCGACAGCAGUAGGAGCAGCACCGUCCGGAAUAGGGGUGAGGCAGAGGGUGCCGCAGAUAACGACAGCAGUCGUACCGUACGUAGAGGGGGGCGGUGCUGCGGGCUCAUAUGGGGGUGAUGGGUUUGAUUUUGACGGUGAAGGCUCCUACCGAGGAGACGGGCACGGGUACUACGAUUGCCACCGCAAUAAAGCGGGAGAGGGACACGAUUUGAAGUUGAAACCGUCGAAGACAACAUUGGAUGCGUUGCCGAUGUUUGACCCCGAGAAGUUGGGCAGGUUCUCGGCGGAUGGGCUAGACGAGCUGGCGUUCACGUUCUUCUGCAUCAUGUUCCCGGCGGCGUUGAUCUCACACCUGGUCCUGAAGGGGUAG